CGGCGACAUUGAUAGCUUCUCCUGCCUGCUGGAGAGGCAGAAGUGAAGUGACUGAAAACCGGAAGGAUGGUGCAGUCCUGUUCCGCCUACGGCUGCAAGAACCGAUAUGAUAAGGAUAAGCCCGUUUCUUUCCACAAGUUUCCUCUUACAAGACCCAGUCUUUGUAAAAAAUGGGAGGCAGCUGUCAGAAGAAAAAACUUUAAACCCACCAAGUAUAGCAGUAUUUGUUCAGAACACUUUACUCCAGACUGCUUUAAGAGGGAGUGCAACAACAAGUUGCUGAAAGAGAAUGCAGUGCCCACGAUAUUUCUCUGUACUGAGCCACAUGACAAGAAGGAAGAUCUUCUGGAGCCACAAGAACAGCUUCCCCCGCCUCCUUUAACACCUCCCAUUUCCCAGGUUGAUGCUGCUAUUGGAUUACUAAUGCCUCCCCUUCAGACCCCUGAUAAUCUCUCAGUUUUCUGUGACCACAACUAUACUGUGGAGGAUACAAUGCACCAGAGAAAAAGGAUUCAUCAGCUAGAACAACAAGUUGAAAAACUCCGAAAGAAGCUUAAGACCGCACAGCAGCGAUGCAGAAGACAAGAACGACAACUUGAAAAAUUAAAGGAGGUUGUUCACUUCCAGAAGGAGAAGGACGACAUAUCAGAGAGAGGUUAUGUGAUUCUACCAAAUGACUACUUUGAAAUAGUUGAAGUGCCAGCAUAAAAAAAUGCUAUUUGUAUUGGUUUUUAAUGGGGCAAAACCACAUACCUUCUUCUAGCCUAUAAAGGAGUUUAAUUUGAAAAAAUAACACUUGAUUACUUGUAUAAAAACAAUUCAGAAUAUUUUUUUAAAAAAAUAAAUUAGAUAUAUACUGUAAAAUUGUACAUUUUUUGUUUGUAAUUUCAGGGUUUUUACAUUUUAACAAAAUAUCUUAAAAGUUAUAAUCUAACCUCAGAACUCCAAUGUAAGUUGGUUUCAAAUUGAGGAGUUUUGUUUUUUGAGUAUUUAUAGAAAUGCAAAAAUUGAAAGUAAAGUGAAUGAGAACAGUACAGCAAGGAUGAUUUAAGUUUAAAAUGUAAAAUUAAUGCAGUUUAUUAAAAGAAUUUAGUUACAUUAUAAAUCAGAAGUAUAAGUCAGAUCACGGGACAUAACUUCUCAGAAUAUAUAUAUUCUUAUUCACAUAUUCUUAUUUGUAAAGUCAGAAGAUUUGUUUAUCUUUCUUAAUCACUUGUCAAAGAUAAAUUGACAAGUCAAUACUUAAAAAAAUUGCUUGUCUUCAGAGCAUAAAAUGAAGAAUCAUUCUAUACCUAAUCAAUAUUGUUACAUAACUUUAUAAAGGAUGAAUUUUUUAAAAAGUGGGUCCAUGUUUUUUUUCCCCACUGUCUAGCAUUAUUAAAUUAGAAGUGUAUUUCCAGUGGAAGAGACAUUCUUCAUUAAAUAAAGUAAGCAUUGUUGUUAAUAAAGUAAUAAAAACGGGGGCCUGAUCCAUAGUAUGUCUUUUUCUUUCACUACCCCCAAGCUAAGGAGCAUCUAGUUUCCAACUGUAGUUAUAUCCGUAUCCAAAUCUCUAAUAAAUGUGUUGUGUCAGUAGAGUUUGAUUUGUACCAUAAUAGGACUAAUUGAUUUUGGUCAAGUCUUCACAUAAAAAAGGAUUUCUUCACUUUUAACACAAGUUAGAAAUUAUAUCCCAUUUACUUAAAUGAGUGAUUUGUAUUCCAGAGGAACUUAAUGUGUAGUGUUUAUUUUACUGAAUGUUGAGAUUUAAACACUGAAGUUACUGUUCAAACUAUGAGUUGUGUUCUGACUUUGUGAGAAGUUUUAGUUAUAUAUUUGAAAUGAAAAUAUGUUCUGAUUAAACAAAUACUGCCUUAGGAAUUAUCUACUUAGAUUUACAAUAACUGUUCCAAUUAUAAUUAUAUUUAAAAGUAUACUGAGAUAGUUGAAGAGUAACAGGCCUUUUUAAGGCAGUAUUAAAAAUCUGAAACAAUGACAUUCAGAAGUGUCUUUUGUAGAUGUGGAUUCCAAUGUAAUUUACUACUGUCCUGCCAGUGGAUAAUACCGUGAUUUUUUAUGAACCAGUAUUUCAAAAAUAGAAAAUUAUGAUCAAAAGAUUACUUGACCUUAUGUUGUCUGAUAACAUUUAGAACUAGCUCUAAUGAAUCAGAAGACUUUCUCUAGUUAUUCAUGAAUCUCAUCCCUGGUUUGGAAACCCAUGAAAUCUCCAAGUAGUUUGUUUUUACAUUCCAUCUCACUAGCAAUUCCUGGAGGAUAUAUGGGUAAACAUCUUGCAAAGUAUAAAUCUAUGUAAAUUGUCAUCUACGUAAAAGGAAGUGUGUGUGGGUGUGUAUGUGUGUGUGUAUGUGUGUGUGUACGUGUGUAUUCCCACAGUCAAGAAUCCAACACUGAAUUGUAAAAGUAGCAAUCCUAAUUACUUAGCAUCUUACCAUUAUGAUUUAACCUGGAGUUAUAUUCUUUUUCUAACAAACGUAAAUCCCUAUUUGGAGAGAACUGAGCAAGCAGCAUGUAUACUGUUUGCAUUUCAAUAAAUUACCAUAGUUUAACAUAGGGAGUUUGAGGUUACAAGUAGUUAUUUCUGAAUAUGAGAUGUAACAUUUGGUGAAUGCUUUCAAAAUUCAUUCUGUCUACUGUAUUGUUUAUUACAUUGCCAAGUAAAGAAAACUGGUCCUUAAAAUAGGUCCUGUUCAAGUAUAGUCAAACUCAGUCUGAAACAAGUGGACAAAGUCUCAAUCUGGAACAAAUAGGGGGAAGACUCAUGUGAACUGCAGCAUAUUCUGAAAGGUGACAUUUAAGCACAUACAGUAACAUACUAAAAUUUCCAUCUAUGUAUAAUGACAUAAUCUGGCGAUAAUGGUGAGAAGAAAUAACUUCUUUAAUAGAACUGUUAGGAAAACUAUAGACUCAUAGAAUUUUAGAAUUAGAAGGGACUUAGACAUGAUUAAACACUAGCCUAACCUCCAAACCCUACAGAAAUCUGUUUGUAAAAUAUCCGUGAUAAGUGGUCAUCUAUUCUGUUUAAGCAGUUAUUCUUAUUAGAUUCUUUAAAAUGGGCUUCUGGAUUAGGAAAGAAUUAGUUACCACUCUUUUUAUACUUGUUUAUAGUGGAAAUACAAACUUCAUUUUGAACUGCUGCAUAGUUUGAACCAUCACGUUCCAAGUUAAAGAAGUUUUAAAAUUUUGUAAAAUAAUUUAAAUGUUUAGUAAUUGUAUACCUGUUCUGUGAACUAAAAAUAAUUCUGUUGUUGCAGUAAAGAAACAGCGGUGUUUAAAAUUAUUAGCAAAACUUUUACUUGGAAGUCUAAGUACGUAAGAUUUUUUUUUUCCUCUUUUUUAGAAGUGUAAUAGUAAGGGUGAAAGCAAAUGAAAGUUUCACUUGAUAUGGGGUUUUCUGGUGAAAUUAAUAUUCUCUGGCCAUCUUUAGUUAUUACAAAAUUAUACACACAUACACAUACUCAACACCUAUGACUUUUAUAAAGUCAGUGGUAAGCAACAUAAAUUAGUAAAAGUCAAUAUGAUCUAUAAAAAGAAAAUUCCCGUUUAUGUUCUAGGAUUUUUAAAAGACAGCCAUCGAUGAAUAACAAAGAAUCACAGCAGGCUUACAAAUCUGCUUGGCUGUUACUCUUCCUGAUACUGGCAACCAUGUGAAUUAGAUAACCAAUGAAUGAAGAGCAUUGAUGAUGUUAACUGGUGUUUCUGGGCAUUAUGUUUUUAUAUUGUGCAUUAAAAUACAAUUCUUGGUGUGAUCAAAAAGCAAACAAUGACUUACAAACAAGCAAAAAAGCAGUUAUAAUUAUUGUACUUAAAAUAACAGAAAAAGUUACAAUUCCAUGUCUUGAUAACUUUUUUUUUUUUUUAACCUGGGAUGUUGUUUUAUU